AUGGAGGACGAGGACUUCGGCGAGGAUGUGCUGGUGACGACGCAGCGCGCCGGCGUCAAGGAGGAGGCCAAGACCGAGGAGUCCCGCGCCACGUGGGAGGCCAGUCAGGGCGCGCCCGUCAAGAGCGAGAAGCCCAAGGACGAGCACGAAGAGGACGAGGACGAGGAGCUCUACGGCGGCGUCUCCAUCAAGCUCAACGCGUCCGCCACGUCGCAGGCGGAAGCCGCCGCAGCCUCCGCAGCUGCGGGCCAUGGACCGGCUGGCGUCAAGGCUGGCGACGACCCGGCGGCCGACUCGGACGAUGACGAGGACGACGAGGACGUGGCCAUCGUGCUCAGCACGGACCACGCCAACAAGCCCACGCUGCGCUUCACGGGCGGCGGCAAUCGCUACGUGCGCGGCAGCUUCGGCGGCGCGCAGCAUGGCGGUCCUGGCGCCGCUGGGUCGGGCGCUGCGGGCGCGAACCAGGCGGGGGAACUGGGCGGAUCCGCGGUGGACGGAGUGGACGACCUCGCCAUGUUUGGCGGACGACGCACGGCGUUCGACGUGGACAUCGACCUGCUGGAGGACAGGCCGUGGCGGAAACCCGGUGUGGAUAUCUCGGACUACUUCAAUUACGGCUUCGACGAGCACAGCUGGAGGGAGUACGCGGCGAGACAGCUCCGGUUGAGGCGCGAGCUGGCGGUGGAGAAGUCGAGGGAGCAGGCGUCCAGACAGGCAGUGAGUGCAGCUAACCAGCAGCAGGCCAUGCGAGAGCGAGACGCAAAGAUGCAGGGAGGUGGUAUGCCUCCACGUGGAUUCCCUGGACAGAUGAAGCAAGAGGGCGGGGAUGACCAGAAUGGCCGUCCUGGAGAAUGGGGACCUGGAGGAAAUGGCAUGCCUCCGAUGGGUGGCGCGCCGCCUCGAGGCGGGUUCAUGGGCGGCCCGCCCCCGCGCGGGUGGCACCCUGGAAUGGGCCCGCCGCCUGGCUUCAUGGGUCAGCAGAACUGGAACGGGCCUCCGAUGGGCGGCGCGCCGUGGGGAUCUGGGGCCGAGGUGGCCGCGGCGGCUUCGAUGAUCGGGGGCGCAAUGACGAUCGCGAUGACAGGCGGCAUGGUGGCGGCAGGUCCAGAGAGGCGAGUCGCGAUCGCUCAAGAUCCCGCGAUCGCCCGCGCCGAGAGGAACCGCGAGGCAGCGGACGCCGCGAAGGUGCUGGGGCAAAUGAUGCCAACGACAAGGAUCAAGGGCGCGACAGAGACCGAGACCGCCCACGCCGCGAUGAACCCCGUGGCGCCGGACGUCGUGAUCGCUCAAGAUCCCGUGAUCGCCCGCGCCGAGACGAAUCGCGUGGCAGUGGACGUCGAGAUGGUGCUGGAGGCAAAGAUGCUAGCGACAAGGAUCAAGGACGCGACAGGGAUCGAGACCGGGAGCGUGGGCGCGACCGUGACGCUGGCGGCCGUGAUCGCGAUGCUGCCUGUGAUCGAGGACGCCCUCGAGAGCGCGGAGGCCGUGGAGCUGGAGGAGAUCAGGAGAGAGACCGUGGAGGCCGCAAUCGUGGAGACCGAGGUGGACGCUCGCGAUCCCGAGAGCGUGAUUCUCGCAAGCGCAGGGGUCGAGAUGAAAGCGCUGGGGGUAGUAGAGGCCCCGGCGACCAGCGUCACAAACGGCGGCAUUAGACAACAGAAAGACAGCAACGCAUCGAUCACCACGCGGCUGGGCGGUGCCUACCGAGAUAUCAAUCAUCUAACAAAAACGAAAUGGCAAUUUGCAGUUAUACCUUGGUAA